ACACUAUUCUUUAAAUUUCAAGUUUGAUCAUUCAAUGGCUAUUCGUGUGACAUUCUUGUUGGUUAUUCUGGUAGUCUUACCUUUUCCUUCUCAUUGUGCUGAUCCUGAUCCCCUACAGGAUUUCUGUGUUGGAAUUCUGAACGAUACAUCAACAUCUAUUAACGGUUUUCCUUGCAAGCCUGCUUCCCAAGUUACUUCAGAUGACUUCUUCUUUGAUGGCCUAACCAAAGAGGGAAACACUGACAAUGUAUUUGGAUUCACUGCAACUGUGGGAAACGUUCUUGCUUUCCCAGGGUUGAACACGCUAGGUCUCUCAAUGAAUAGAGUUGAUUUCGCCCCAGGAGGGCUAAAUCCACCACAUUCACAUCCUCGUGCAACUGAGACCGGGGUAGUCAUUAAAGGGAAACUCUACGUUGGAUUCCUGACAACAAACAACGUGUUAUAUUCCAAAGUAUUGACUGUAGGGGAGAUGUUCGUGGUGCCACGAGGGCUUGUGCAUUUCCAAAUGAAUGUUGGGAAGGAGAAGGCAAUGACAAUCACAGCUUUUAACAGUCAUUUGCCAGGGGCAGUAGUCCUUCCAACUACACUAUUUGCUUCUAUGCCACCAAUUCCUAAUGAUGUAUUGACUAAGGCCUUUCAGGUUGAAGCUAGUGUUAUUGAUGACAUCAAAUCCAAAUUUGGUUCUUAAAAGUAUAACAGCUGAAAGACAGAAUGGAAAAUAAAAGCCUAGAACAUAAUUUUGUGUUGUCAGGUUUAUUAGUGUAUUUGUCCAAACUUUAAUCUGGUACAUAGAGAUCCAGGUAUGUAUUGUGUAAUAAUCAAUAAUGCAGAAGGGCAACAAGAAUUCUUAAU